UGGCAAUUGGCCCUAAAGCGGCCUCCUCGUUCUCCGCUCCGCGGGUCCACCCGGGUCCGCAGCUGGCGGCGGCAGCUGCUGGGCCUGUCGCAGAGUGUUCUCUCUGGCUGAGUCUUGGACCUGGGAGGGCCGGGAGGUGCGGGAGAGACGCACCAGCCGGGCCGAGCCCCGGUCUCCCCGCAGCCAGUGACAGUGGCCCUAGGCCUAGCCCAGUCCACCCCAUCCUGGGGCGGGGCCCGGCCUCCCCGCCCCGGACCCCGCCCCUCGGGGCUGCCUUGCGCCGGGUCAUUCUCUUCUUCAGCCCUGCGGCGGUGUAACCGCCUUCUGUCCGCUGGAAGCUGCAGUCCCCAGGCUCCGACUGCUGGGGAACAUGGAGUUUGCGGAGCUGAUUAAGACCCCACGGGUGGACAAUGUGGUGCUGCACCGGCCUUUCUAUCCAGCCGUGGAGGGGACCUUGUGUCUGACUGGCCACCACCUGAUCCUGUCCUCCCGGCAGGACAACACGGAGGAGUUGUGGCUUCUCCAUUCAAACAUCGACGCCAUUGACAAGCGAUUUGUGGGACCACUGGGUACCAUCAUCGUAAAAUGUAAAGAUUUUCGAAUAAUUCAGUUGGAUAUUCCUGGAAUGGAGGAAUGUUUGAAUAUAGCCAGUUCCAUUGAGGCACUGUCUACCCUGGACUCCAUCACUCUGAUGUACCCUUUCUUUUACCGGCCCAUGUUUGAAGUGAUAGAAGAUGGCUGGCAUUCUUUCCUUCCUGAGCAAGAGUUUGAACUCUACUCUUCAGCUACCAGUGAAUGGAGGUUAAGCUAUGUAAAUAAGGAAUUUGCGGUCUGCCCUUCUUACCCGCCAAUUGUCAUUGUGCCCAAAUCCAUUGAUGAUGAAGCUCUUCGGAAGGUCGCUACAUUUCGACAUGGAGGACGCUUCCCAAUACUCAGCUACUAUCAUAAAAAAAACGGAAUGGUAAUUAUGCGAAGUGGUCAGCCACUGACUGGCACAAACGGCAGACGGUGCAAAGAAGAUGAGAAGCUGAUAAAUGCCACCCUGAGGGCAGGAAAGCGUGGCUAUAUCAUUGAUACCCGAUCUCUCAACGUGGCUCAGCAAGCUCGAGCCAAAGGAGGCGGCUUUGAACAAGAAGCACAUUAUCCUCAGUGGAGGCGGAUUCAUAAGUCCAUUGAGAGGUAUCACAUUCUUCAGGAGAGCUUAAUCAAACUUGUGGAAGCUUGUAAUGACCAAACACAUAACAUGGACCGAUGGCUCAGUAAAUUGGAGUCCUCAAACUGGCUGACUCACAUCAAAGAGAUUCUGACAACUGCCUGUCUAGCAGCUCAGUGUAUCGACAGGGAAGGAGCGUCCAUAUUGAUUCAUGGAACAGAAGGAACUGAUUCCACACUUCAGGUUACCUCCCUGGCCCAGAUCAUCUUGGAACCAAGAAGCAGGACCAUCCGUGGUUUUGAGGCCCUGAUAGAAAGAGAGUGGCUACAGGCUGGUCACCCGUUCCAACAGCGCUGUGCACAGUCAGCUUAUUGUAACAGUAAGCAGAAGUGGGAGUCACCUGUGUUUCUUCUCUUCUUGGACUGUGUGUGGCAGAUUCUGCGUCAGUUCCCUUGUUCUUUUGAAUUUAAUGAGAAUUUCCUCAUCAUGCUCUUUGAGCACUCUUAUGCCUCACAAUUUGGAACCUUUCUGGGCAACAAUGAAAGUGAAAGAUGUAAGUUGAAGCUGCAGCAGAAAACAAUGUCUCUGUGGUCCUGGGUUAAUCGGCCCAGUGAGCUGAGUAAAUUCACCAAUCCUCUCUUUGAAGCCAACAAUCUCGUCAUCUGGCCUUCAGUGGCUCCACAGAGUCUUCAGCUCUGGGAAGGUAUUUUCCUACGUUGGAACAGAUCCUCCAAGUAUUUGGAUGAAGCAUAUGAAGAAAUGGUUAACAUCAUUGACUAUAAUAAGGAAUUACAAGCAAAAGUAAAUAUCCUUAGGAGGCAGUUGGCGGAACUGGAAACUGAGGAUGGGAUACAGGAGAGUCCCUGAAAGACGUCCUCACCCCGUCUGUAAGGACCUUCCCGCACCCGUAGCCCACUUCUCUCUCCUUUUGCCCUUCAGCUCACUUUUACACAGUAGCCUUGAACUUAAGGCUUUAGGUGUGAGAACCCGCUAAUGUAAUGGAUUUCUCAAUACGUUAUGAACGAAACUUACUAUAAUUUCUCACGUUUCACGUGGCCUAUUAGGCCUCCUCACUUUGGGAGCAGGAAGGAGGUGCUAGUCAUUUUAUUUUAGGUAAAUCAGGUGACUUAUGUAAUGCCAUUUUGUGUUAUACACCGUUUUAUUAUAAGCUUUUCUCUGUGUCCACUUUCCAGACAGUGCUCCAGACCAGUCAAGGAUAUGAUUAAUCUCUUUACGGAAUAUUUGUCAGUUUAAAAAAGGAUCAAAUGUUUAAACAACUUGAAUAUAGAAGUAUUUUUCAAAACUGAAAUGGUGGAUAAACCAAGAAUUUUAUGUUUAACAUGCCAUUUCCAAUACCUUUGCUAUUCUUUAAAAUAGUUUUGGACUAACAAAGCUGAGUUCAUUCUCAUUCUGGUUUGUCAAGAAAGGAAAUUCUGAAGGUUUAUUCAAGGUAAAUCAUUUUACAAGGGCAAGAGGUAUAGUCAUCUGAUAUUUACAGUAAGAAGUAAAUUUAUUUUAACAGUAGACACUAAAAGUAUGUGCAAUAUAGAAACAAAGUAGGAAUUUGUUACUGAUAUGGUAUUGUUCCUGUUGAAUUGGUUUUUCAGGUUUUUGACCAUACAUAUUAAAUUUGUAUCAAAAAUGCCGGAUGUAACAUUCAGCCGUCAUUUAUAAUAGGUGUUAAUUUGUUAUAAUUAAGCUACAAAUAUGGUUUCUUUAAACCAGAGAAGCACUGCCCUUGUCUGAAGUUCUCAUUGCACUGGUU